AGGGCUGCCGCUCGCCGUCCGGCAAGUACCACAGCAGCAGCGAGCAGUGGCAGGAGGACGACUGCACCACGUGUCGCUGCGUGGACGGCGCCCACACCUGCCAGAGGCCCAUGUGCAAGGUCACCUGCCGACACCCGCGCACCGUGCCGGGCCGCUGCUGCCCCGUCUGUGACGUUUCAGACUGUGACGUGGCGUGCCGGCACGGCUACCGCACGGACGGCGAGGGAAACCCGCUCUGCGAGUGUCUGUCCGCCGACGAGGUGGCCAGGAACCCGCCCAGGUGUCGCAGCAUGGCUGGCUGCAGGAAGAGGUGUCCGCACGGCUUCAAAGUGGACGCGAACGGCUGCGAGAGGUGCAAGUGCAAGCGGUGCCGCAAGCUGAAGAGCUGCUCCCUGAGCUGCGCCGGCGGUCUGGCGGUGAACGAACGCGGCUGUCCCGAGUGUCGCUGUCGGCUGGAGGAGGCGCCGCCCACGGCCGCCGGGCUCAGCUGCGUCACGCCAGACGGAGCGAUGCACGCGGAGGGUGAGGCGUGGCACGACGGCUGCCGCCAGUGCUACUGCCACGCCGGCGUCGAGCUGUGCGCCGUCAUCGCGUGUCCCGUGCCGAGCUGCGACCACCCGGAGAUCAGGAGCGGCCAGUGCUGCCCCACCUGCGCAGACGCCGCCGAGCCUGCCGCCCACCACCCGAACACCACCGUCUGCCAGGCGGUGGAUGGCGGCACGUACGCCGACGGCCAGAGCUGGCGACUGGACGCGUGCACGCGCUGCCUGUGCCGCGCCGGACGCGUGCUCUGCAGCGUGCCGCAGUGUCCGGCGGCGGCCGCCUGCCAGAGCUGCCGCUGCGAGGACGGCGUCAGCCACUGCUUCCACGAGCGCUGCCCGUCGCUCGCCUGCACGCGGCCCGUGCUGAUGAAGGGCAGCUGCUGUCCCGACUGUCUCGAACCGCCGGAGACCUCCAGCUGUGUGUACAACAACCGAACGCUGGAGGUGGGCCAGACGCUGGCCGUGGACGCGUGCAAGAGCUGCACCUGCGAGGCGGGCGUGGUCGUGUGCGCGCGCAAGGUCUGCUCGGUGGCCUGCGACAACCCGGUGCCGGUGCCGGGGCAGUGCUGCCCCGUCUGUAAAGACGAGUCGAGCUCGCGCCGCAACUACCACUUCCUGAACGGCACGAGUAAGGUAGCGCACCGCACUCGGGUGCCGGCGCCGGACGCGCCCACGCAGACCUCGCGGCCCGGUGUACAUCGGCAGUCAGGCGGCUCCCGGCCCACCCUGCUGCACAUCGUGCUGUACGCCGUGCUGGCCUGUGUGCUGCUACUGGUGGCGGCCGUCGUGCUCUGGUGCGUCUGCCACCGCCGCCGCAGCGUCUACACGCCUAAGCACGAGCGAGCCGACGAAAAGAAGCCGCUGAACGGGCCCCAGACGCUCGACCUGGCGCAUCUGAACGGCGCCGGCGGGCCGCCCAACGCGUGUGCGCAGGACAGACCGGCUAUCAGCGUUAUCCGCCACACGUAG